AGACAAGUGCAAAGGGGCAGUGGAAGAGCGGGCCUGGCUCCUGUUUUCUCUCAGGGUGGGAUCGCCCAGGAGAUGAAGGCAGGGCUCUGGCUGGUUUGAAACGCGCACACGUCGGGUUUAGACGUGCGCGGGUUGGGGAAUGUGGCGAGAAAAGAUGAAAGAAGCCGGCGGGCGGCGCCUGGUGCUGGGGAGGAGCGGGAUGGCGUUGAGCGGCUCGGGAGAAGCGAGCAGCUCCCUCUCCUCCGGAUAAGCCGCGGACAAUGGGAUGCGCUCCUACAAUGGCACCGGCAAUUCCUUCCGCAGCACCAAUUCAAUGCUCAGUCGCGGAAUUUUGUUGCCAGGCUUUUUAAACGUUUCUUUUUUAGCAGUGAUCAAUAAUCGACUUUUUUGUUGUUUUGCAUCUGAUUUAGUGCAAACACCAGAUGUAAAUGAUGUUUAAGUAUCACAUCCGCAUGGUUUUCAAUGACCUAAAAGUGCUGGUUUUGAUGAGAUCUUUUACGAUGCAAAGGAGCGAGCAGGAUUUAGAAACGGGCCAGAGGAGGGAAGGAGAAGAGGAAGGAGGAGGAGGGCGGCUGGCUGGUUCGGGAUGCGGCUGGCCUCCGUUCCCCAAUUGCUCGUCCCAGGCCGACGAGGAUUGUUACGGGACGGAAGGUGCCGGAGCUGGAGGGGGACAGGAAGAGAAGGAGAGGAAUGCGCCCCUCCAGACGGGGAUGGACUCGGUGUCUCUCAGUAGCACGGAGAGCCCAUUGUGCAGGAUCUGUUUCCAGGGACCAGACCAGGGUGAUUUACUGAGCCCUUGUCGGUGUGACGGUUCCGUGCGCUGCACCCACCAGCCGUGCCUAAUCCGCUGGAUCAGCGAGCGAGGCUCAUGGAGCUGCGAGCUGUGUUACUUUAAAUACCAGGUCCUGGCAAUCAGCACCAAAAAUCCCCUGCAGUGGCAGGCAAUCUCCCUCACAGUGAUUGAAAAGGUGCAGAUAGCUGCCAUCAUCCUUGGCUCCCUCUUCCUAAUUGCUAGCAUCUCCUGGUUAAUUUGGUCCUCCCUCAGUCCGUCGGCUAAGUGGCAGAGACAGGACCUGCUCUUCCAGAUCUGUUACGGCAUGUAUGGCUUCAUGGACAUCGUCUGUAUAGGCCUCAUCAUUCAUGAGGGAUCAUCUGUGUACCGAAUCUUUAAGCGCUGGCAAGCUGUUAAUCAGCAAUGGAAGGUACUGAACUAUGAAAAAUCCAAGGACCUAGGGGAAGCCAUUAGUGGGACAAGCAAGACAGGGGGAAGAAAUUCACGGACGAACCAUUCAUCAAACAAUGACAGGAGUUCCACUCAGCGCACUGGAACCAUUUUGAAUCAUCACUGUGGAUAUACCAUCCUGCACAUUCUCAGCUAUCUGAGGCCUAACAACACUCAGAAUGGUAACAGCUCAAAUAGAGAGCUGGUCAUGCGAGUUACGACAGUCUGAAACGAGAUAUAAAGGAAAACUUACUGUUCACAAACUUUAUAGACUCUCCACAAAAAAACAAAUACCACCACCAGGGUUGUGAAAGGAUAUUAACUGAAGUCUCAGAAUGAAAUCAGUAAGCUUGGUGUGAUGGAACGAAAAAUAUGCCUGGGCACAGGCCCCAGCCUCUACGCCUGGAAUUCGCCAUCUUUGUUUUCUAAACUUUUUUUAAAAAAAUCUCACUUGAAGAAAGCUCAGAAACCCAGACUCAGUAUUUUAUAAAGGAGAGAAAAAAAGAAACAAACUGAAUCAAUGAAUAAUGGAACGCAAAAGAGUUUGUUUAAAAACUGCCCCCCAAAAAUGUGCAAUAACGAACAUCAGUUCCAAUAUGCUGUGGGAUCUCGGCAAUAAGUUAUCUAUGUAUUUCACCUUUUAAUUUAAUGCAUGUCACUGUUUUCGUCUCCUCCCACCUCAAAUUGGGAGAAAAAUAAUUUAUAUGCAAAUGGUGGUCUGCAAAUAAAUUUGUUUUUUUCAGGUGGGUGUCCUCAGAGUAUUCAGCAAAUUUUAAAUAUAGGUCUGUGAAGAAUUUCUGGAUUAAUUUAUGUACAAUGCCCAAUGUGCCACUGCAACCUAGUGUAACCUAUCUUGGUCCCACAAAGAAUACAAAUAUUCUCAUUUGAGUAGCCGAUCAUGGUGUAACAAAGUGUACAUGUCAUAUUGAAGAAUGGCUUCUCUUGAUAACAUAUUGCAUUCUAUCUUGUGCGGGGCACUUUUUUUAAACAUACAUGAAUACAAUCCAGGGUAAGGUUCCUAUAUAUAUUUGAACAAAAGAUCUAAUUAGCAAACAGAGGAUUUUAACACAGACCUGUUAAAACAUGUCUUGUAUUAAUAUCAUACAAGCAUAAUUCAACCCCACCAGGUAAUUUGGCUAAAUCCUCUUUUCAGUUUCAUUUUAUCUAUUUAGUUUGACUAAUGUUUUCUCUGUUGAUUGGGUUGGACAGAGGAGAUGAUUGUGCAACUUAAUAAGAACCCAAUCUCUCUGUGCAGAAUGUGAUCUUAUGAGACUCAGUAAAUAUUGAUGGGCGAUUGGGUUUGAUUUCAUGACUUCUCAAUUACCAAUAACAACCUCCCAUUCUGCCUGUAUGCUGUGUGGAGCUGGAGGUUGAGGCUUCAUGCAACUGACAUCUUGAAACUCUCUAGCAGGUUGGAGAUCUGUACAGCUGGAGAAGUGACAACUUUGGUCUUUUUUGCCCACAAUUUGUCCACUAAAUUGGCAGUGAAGGUGCCCAAUGAGCAGCCUGCAAUGAAUGACCCUCUAUCUUGGCUGAAAGAAGUUUAAAAAGUGGGUAUGAGACAGGGUGGCAUGGUGUUCAGGCUGUGUGGAAAAUACAGAUGAAGGUCAGAAGUGAAAAUGCAGUGCAAGGCUACACAAGCUGGAAAGCCUUCAAACUAAAAGGAUGCUAAUGGAAUUCGUGAUGUGAGUCACAUUGAUUUAAGAAGCUAAUAAAGUGAAGAUGUGUUGCAAUGAAUUUGCCAAAAAAUGGAAUACAAUAUCUCAAUCCAGCUACAAACUGAUGCACCUCCAAAUACAGCAAAACGUAGACAAUAUCCAGGUUUGGGCAAAUAACAUACAAGCCACAUAGGUGUCAGGCAAUAACCAUGUCAAAUGAGAGAGGUCCUAAACUUCGGCCCUUGACUUUCAAUGGCAUUCAAAGUUUGUGCGAAGAUUUGUAGCUCGGCCCUUG